AAUAGAAUUAUGAGAAAUUGAAAUUUGUAUGGAAACUGGUGGGAAGAGCGAAGACGUGGAUUCAUCGUCUGCCACGCAGUUGUGAGACUGGAAGUGGCCACGCAACUGCGAUGCUUCCUGUACGGCUUAUGCAAUUUCUUGAAUAAUCUCCCAAACACAGAAAUCAAACUUACAAUUCAAAGCUAAUGGCAGCAGCGCUUGCAAUUGGGCUGAGAACGGCGUUCCUGGUACUGGGAUGUGGGAGUACCGCCACUGUCAUCUAUACUUGUAUCGCUGAUGGACUUCCUUUCCGUAAAGAACUCCUUACUCCGUGGAUGGCUGCUACGUUGAUUGAUUUCUAUAUCAAUAUUCUUGCUAUAGGGUUCUGGAUUGUCUACAAGGAAUCUAGCUGGAUUCAUUCAGUGAUAUGGAUAAUUCUCCUUAUAUGUUUUGGAAGCAUAACUACAUGUGGAUACAUUCUUUUGCAGCUUCUAAAGCUGUCCCCUCAAGAAUCAGUACAAGAUCCUAUCUACUUUGUGUUGCUAACUAAAAAGAAGGAUGAAAGGAAAUCCAGAAGUAUAUUAUCUGUUGUCCAUGCAAGGAUCCUUUUCAGUGCUUUGGGCUGUCUUAUGAUUGGGACGUUGGUUUAUACUAUAGCUACUGAUGGAUCACCAUUCCGCAGAGAUGUUCUCACUCCGUGGCUUUCUGCAACACUGGUUGAUUUUUAUGUCAAUGUGGCUGCUCUAUCGGUUUGGGUGGCGUAUAAAGAUCCGAGUUGGAUGACCGCCACCUUUUGGGUUAUUUUGUUGAUAUGUUUUGGAAGCGUAAGUACAUGUGCUUACAUUGUUCUACAGCUCUUCCAUCUCUCCCCUCGAGAUCCAACCUUCCUUGUUCUUUUCAACAGCAGCAACAGGCAGGGCGGGAAACGGCUAUGAAGAAACUAUUCAGGCACACUAAUACAAGUGCAUUGGAUUGCGAUGAGUGGCGGCUUCUUGUUGUUGAGCAAGAUUUGUUGCACUUUAAAUAAACAACCUUGGCGCUUGUUUUUUCACAUGUAUAUUGUUCAAGUGAAAAUCAUUUCAUUAGCACGAGGGAUAUACAAAAAGAUUCAAACGGCAACAACUAAUUUUAGCAUUCAAUACAAUGGUACUACAAUAUUGUGUAAA